AUGUCAGCGCUGGGAUCUCGCAGCUCCCAAGGGCUACGCAAGCUAUGUUAUAGCUCGUCAUCGAACAUGACGAGCGUAAUACGGCCAUUUUCUGUUCUCAAUCGACCUAAACCCAACUAUCCAGGACAUGUGCCAUUGACAACAAUUGAACGCGGCGCUUUAGCUCUGGGCUCAGCAUUUGGCUCACUGAUUAAUCCUCGUAGAGCAGAUCUGAUUGCUGCCCUGGGUGAAGCGACCGCGACUCCAUACUUCAUCUACCGUCUCCGAGAUGCGAUGCUAUCCAACCCCACCGGUCGACGAAUUCUCCGUGAUCGCCCGCGUAUCACCUCGGAGACCCUCCAGAUGUCUCAGCUCCGCGCUCUUCCCGAGAACUCCGUUGGCCGCGCAUACGCUACAUGGCUUGACCGCGAGGGAGUUUCACCCGACACACGUGACAAUGUGCAAUAUAUUGAUGACGAGGAGUGCGCGUAUGUUAUGCAGCGAUACCGCGAAUGCCAUGACUUCUACCACGCCGUGACGGGUCUACCGAUCUUCGUCGAAGGUGAACUCGCCUUGAAGGCACUGGAAUUUCUCAACACGCUUCUGCCUAUGACGGGCCUGAGCCUGUUUGCGUUUAUUCGCAUGAAGCCUGCGGAAAAGGAGCGCUUCCUCACCUUGCAUUUGCCGUGGGCAAUUCGCAGCGGGCUGAAGAGUGAAGAGUUGAUCAAUGUGUACUGGGAGGAGGUGUUGGAGAAGGAUGUGGACGAGUUGCGAGCGGAGCUCAACAUUGAACAACCGCCUGAUUUGAGAGAGAUUCGCAAAAUGAUGAGGCAGCAGCAGAAGCGUGAGAAGGAAAGGCUAGCACAGGGGUCGAAUUGA